CUCGAGGAGUUCCAGCACGAGAGCCAGCAGCAGCAGCAGCAGCAACGUUGAGUUGAGAAUUUCCUACAGCGCUCGGAGUUCGAACGGCGCGACUUAAAGUGGAACGAGUCGCGCGUCUUGGCCGCAACCGACAACGCUAUCGACGACCACAAUUUACUGGUGACCUGUGCCGUGCGAACGAACAACUUCGAAUCGGCGUUGAUUGCGGUAUCUGUCGGCCCAUUCUAUUUUAGUGCGCGCCAGCAGCAGCAGCAGCAGCAGCAGCAGCAGCAGCAGUAGCAGCAGCAGUAGCAGCUGUUAUUUCGAAUAAGUUCAUAUUGCAUUGAAGCGAAAGUUCUACUACUACCACCGAUACUGUUUACUGUCUAAUGACUCCAUGAGAUGAAAAAUCGUUCAUCAGUGUGUAGUGUGUAAUAGAUGAGAAAAGAGAAAAGUAAGCCACACAUCCAAAGAAACGAACCUGUCGACUAGCUGUGACAACGACAAAGUGUAUGAACGCCGAAGUUUCAUUUUCGAGUGCGACAAAAACUGUUACAACUGUUUUUGUUAUCUGUACGUUAAUUUCGUCGGUACAAACGGAAACAAAAACAAAUCCCGUCAGCUAGUGAAACCACUGAAGUGUUUCUGUCUAUCCGCCUUAGCCAUCGUUAUUGUUAUACAGUACUUUGUGCACGAUCUAUCGACGUUCGUAGUAGAAAAACGUCUGACCGCCCCUCUUUCGAUGUAACAGAAAGAUGAAGAGGGAAUAGAAGAAUCACUCAUACCAUUCAACCCGUUCAGCCUGCAUAGAAUCCAACGUGUUAUAGAAACUCAUCUCGAGCUGUGCAUUCGGACCUGCGACAGUCCCCCAUCCACGGACAGUGUUUGGGGCUGUAAGAAACAAGAUCAAAAAAGAGUAGCAGAACAGGCACAGUGUAGUUUAUCGUUCUUUUCAUUUAACACUAGUUAGAUUACAAUCAAUUUUACAAAUAAUAUACAUUCACAGCAAGCAAACGCGAAAGACAACUCAGUCAAACGUCAUCAUCCGUUCAGCUCAACGAUCGAAUCUGUUGAGUGCCGCCAGCGAUCAGUGUCCACCAUCAACUCCUAUCGAGCGCGCCACCUCAACAGUCUCUACGGGGUGUUUAUCCUUGAUUAACUCUAUGAUUGCCACCAGCUGACAACGCAAUAUCGAAUCCCAACUUCAAAAUCAAGAAGCGUCCAACCUUGAAAUUUGUUGUUCGCAAUCAACCCAGGUUUUUGAAUAAAUGUACAAGCGGGCGCGGUAAACAUACUGGGUUAGAGCAGUUUGUCUGGCAGACGGAAAGGCGACGACGGCGAUACAUGUAUCGACUGGUGCUCGGCUCUUAGUCGCGCUGACGGACGCGUAGUCAGAAGACGACAAAAAACGAGAACAUAUCGUAAAUCUACUACUAGAAUUUUUGCGCAGGAUAGCAAAUCAUCAACAUAGAAACCAACUAAGUAAAAAGGCGUAACACUAAGUAUAUGCGCCCACUUGAAAGUGACCGUCCUAUAACUUGAUGUUCGUACUAUCAUCGCUAAUAUAAUCACCCAAUUUGAAGAAGACCACAACCCAAGUGACAGGCGGAAUUGAUCACGACGGGUGGCGCUGCCCGCGGAGGCUGGAGUGUCCUUCCUGUGCCCGCGGCCGAUCGGCCUAUCGUCUUGCCUAAUACCCGCAACAAGCCACCGGUGACAGCGGCCAGACUCUCCUGUGCGUGUCUCACGUCGGCACCUUUGUUGACUAACGUGUUCGCCGUUAUUUAGCUAUCUAAGGUGCAUAACGACGCUCAUAACGUGACGUGAGGUGCAGUGUCGUGUCUUCAGCCACCGACCGAACUCGACGAACGGCCAGGAGAUGAUGUUCGGUCUGCACCAGGACGCCGGCCUACAGCCGCGAGGGCCCAUGGCCUCUCUCAAGGAGGAACCUCUGGCAGCGGCCCAGAUUGGAAGGGGCUGGCCAACUAUGCAGCCAACUAUGCUUGACCAAAGCAGGAACAUGGACGCUGUAUGCUCCGAGUAUCUGGUGCCAAGUCAGAGAAUGCUUUUCAGCGUGGGUCUGGGCCGAGCUCACUUCGAGAAGCAGCCCCCGUCGAAUCUUCGCAAGUCAAACUUCUUCCACUUCGUCAUCGCCCUCUACGACAAAGCUGGUCAACCGGUUGAAGUUGAGCGGACGGCAUUCAUCGGGUUCGUCGAGAAAGAACACGAACCCGAUGGACAAAAAACCAACAACGGCAUCCAUUACCGACUGCAAUUGCUUUUCGCUAAUGGCGUCCGGCAAGAGCAGGAUCUCUUCGUCAGACUAAUUGACUCCGUCACAAAACAGGCGAUUGUGUACGAAGGUCAGGACAGGAAUCCUGAAAUGUGUCGGGUGCUUCUGACGCACGAAGUUAUGUGCAGUCGGUGCUGUGAUAAGAAGAGCUGCGGCAACAGAAAUGAGACCCCUUCGGACCCCGUUAUCAUUGACAGGUUCUUCCUGAAGUUCUUCCUGAAGUGCAACCAAAACUGCCUCAAGAAUGCGGGAAACCCACGAGACAUGCGGCGGUUCCAGGUGGUGAUCUCAAGCCAGGUGAACGUGGAGGGGCCUCUGUUGGCCGUCUCCGAUAACAUGUUCGUCCACAACAACUCCAAGCACGGUCGGCGAGCGAAGCGCCUCGACGCGGGAGACUCCGACUCGACGCUAGGUGAGCAGCAGUUGCCGAGUCCCGUGGGGCAAGCGCCCUCAAUGCACGGUGGCUCAACAGCGCCGCUCAUAGACCCCCUUCUAGUGCCUAAAGGCCCCACUCCUAUGUCACCUAUCACCACAUCCACCACCUACCACUCGAACGUCGGCCUUGGAUUAGUCGACGUGAAGAGGGCCCGAUUUAAUGAAGAUCUAAUUUUGAAUAAUCCGGCAUCACAUUUUACCGAUGUUCCGUUCAGUUCGACGCCGUGUAUCAAGGCGAUCAGUCCCUCGGAGGGUUGGACGGAAGGUGGUUCGUCAGUGAUCAUCAUUGGAGACAACUUCUUCGAGGGUCUUCAGGUCGUGUUUAGCACGAUGCUCGUCUGGAGCGAAAUGCUCACACCGCACGCCAUCCGGGUACAGACACCCCCUCGCCACCUUCCCGGGGCCGUCGAGGUCACUCUCUCCUACAAGUCCAAGCAGUUCUGCAAAAGUGCGCCUGGUCGCUUCACUUACGUCUCCUUGAACGAGCCCACGAUCGACUUCGGAUUCCAGCGAUUGGCGAAGCUGAUUCCGCGGCAUCCAGGCGAUCCAGAACGCCUGCCCAAAGAGAUCAUACUGAAACGAGCCGCUGAUUUGGCCGAGAUGCUCUAUCAGAUACCGCGAAACAAUCAGCUGGCCUUGGCCUCGCCUUCGCCGCGCUCACCCAACGGCCAGCUGCAGUCCAGCUUUAACGCCUAUUCGGGUCAGCUCUCCGUAAACGUCGAACAGAACGGACAGGAGUACGGCGGAAGGCCACCAUCGGAAGGUGUCUCUCCGCGAGGAGGCGGCUAUGCUUCGAACGCGUCUACUCCUCAUAGUACCUCCGCGAACAAUAACAACGGCAACAACAACGGCAACAACUCCUCCGCUGCUACCGGGUCGCAGCCGCAAACCAACACCGGCUACAGUAACCUCGGGCACCCACAGUCCACCGGCACUCCGACGCCCGGUGGCUACGGCAGCCCUACUCCAACAAUGACCGGCACACCAUCUGGGGGCUCUGUAACGCCUACUGGAUCUUCGUCUCAGCAGAUAUUCAACGGACUAAGAAGCGUCCCUCACCCUAGCCAUUAUACGGCGUUCACACCGAUGACGCCUGUGCCCCCUAUUGCGCCGGCCUAAGCACUCGCUGUCCCCGUCGGCCAAACGCAAAGCCGAGGCUAAAAAAGUCGACAGCAGCGGCGACGGCGGCGGUCAUGUGCACAUAUGCUAACGUCAGGCCGGCGAUUCACGCCUAAUUGACCACAGCAAGUCCUCGCAGCAAAUAACUUCGUUAAACCCGUGCCGCUUCGUAGCCAGCGAUCGUCAUCAAUAUGUAUAUAGCACACCUCUUUUCCAUCAAUGAAUAAACAUAAACAGAAAAGCAGAAGACACGGAACAGAAAGAAAUAGUUGAAGUUAAUAGGAGCAGACGACGACGACCUCUGGCUCGCUUCCACACACCAGUUCCCUGGAGUGCUUCACGAUGUAUCCUGCUCACCGUCAGGGGUCGCCACGAACACAGCACAUGAUAUUAUGCGAUACCACGCUCGAUUCGUUGUUGUGGCGUGCUGUGCAUAGUGUUCAAUAACUUCAGCUUGAGAUGCCAACCAACCACGUAACAACAUGACACAUACAUAAAGCCAUUAUGUUUAUACAUAUGAGUACUCACACACUCACUACAGACAGUCACCCUGAUAGUUUUCCAUAUACAAAGGGAGCAUAUGAAAGUGUAUGUGUUGACGCCAUAAUACGGCGCCCCGACGGUGGGAGGUGUAAAUAUUUUGUAGUUGAUCGCUCUGUAUGUCUUGCUCAUAAGGAACUAGGACCUAUUCCUUGUCGACUUGCCCAACGGGGCGCCAGUCAGCAGCAGUGCCCUCAACACCUCGCCAUAUCCAUCAAUCGCAAUCGAUCCCUGUACAGCUCAACAAGCACCAGUCCUCAUCAUCAUCAUCAAAAGGCCCCGUGAUUUCGCACUAGGCAGCAGCCUAAUCCCACUCCUCCCCCCUCCCUCCCUCUCUCUCUCCCUCCCUCCCUCUCUCUCUCUCUCUCUCUUCCUUUUCCGCAACGCGAUCGUCAGCGCGGCAUUAGAAGUCCUUUUUAUUUCCGAACAAAAGAAAAAGGCAAACCAACAAGAAGUUUCACUCUACAGUGUCUAAAUGAUACCAAAGUAGCAACAUCAGUUGAUGAAAACUGCAUUUUUGCCAUUCGAUGAUUACGGUCGAAGGGCAGGCUGACAAAAGAUAAAUAACGAUUAUCGUCAUCGUAAUGGUAUUUGGUCACACUUGAAAACAGCAAGGUCCACGUGUACAUUACUAUUGAUAAUAUUUUUGUCAUCUUAUUCGUUUUCCAAUGUAGACGAGAGAGAGAGAGAGAGAGAGAGAGAGAGAGAGAGAGAGUUCAGUUAUAGCUGACGUCCGAUUUAUUUAAACGAAGCCGAUUUGAGGGCAAGUUCGUUCACUUUUUAUUUCAGAACUAACUCUUAUCAGAGCAUUGUUCUCUCUGAUCUCGGCUUCUCUCUUAUUUAAUUGCGACUCGUUAUGUAAAAAGCAGAAUCAGACAAGCAGUAUCUCAAGGCGUUUUAUAGCUUAAUCUUCAAUCUUCUAGCGACACUGUAACGUUUGAGACGUAAAAUACAGAAUGGCUAGUAGCCUCCUAGCUCCGUUGUACUCGAGACUGAAUAACGAGGAUCCUUCAUAAUCUAAAACACAAAGAAAUAAUUAAAUAACAACUGCAUGAGCAAAGGCACCAAAAGUUUUACCACUUGCCGCCACAUCAGCACCACCUCGGUUUUCAGUGAACGAAAGGCUUCAUUUGACAGCAACAGUUUCUGACCGUCAAGCAGAACGGAAAUUUCUGCCCGCCCAGGCCUUUUCGAUGCGGUUCGUUCAUGCGCAGGGGGUUUUGUUCGCCGCGCAGAGCGAGAGACCAGCCCUCCUGGCAAGGAAAACCAGCAGAGUAAAAAAGGGCAAGCGUGUGACUGUUGUGUGCGCCUGUGUGUGCGUGUGACCCUUGCUGCCGCACACACACCUUUGCCCCCCACAGUGAGAAUUAAAUGGCAGUUUGCCCUACCUAUAACCUAAGAAGCAAGGCUUCCACCCGAGGGUCGAAUCUUACAUAUCCUUCUCUAUAUCAGUACGAUCCCAGAUUCACACAUCAAGUAGAUACCGCAAAGAAAUGCACGUACAUAUUGUUGCCCAGUUAGAUAUUGAUACUAUUUAACAUUAAGAUGACUAUUAUUAUUAGCAUUACCAUAAUAAUAAUAAUAAUAGUAAUAAUUAUUAUCAUUAUUAUGACUGUCAUUGAGACUAAAGAAUGACCGUCGUAGACCGUGCAGACGACGCGGACGUGAAAGCAUGAUGACGCAUGUGGUCGAGUGUACGUCAGUUAGCAGCCGCCAAUGAUAAUUACAAUAAUUAUUCUUUACUGUCUAUAAAUACUAUUAAUAAUGCAACAUUAUGGACGGGAGGACAACAACAAGUGCGAUCAUCGUCGAGAGAGGAGGAAAGAAAUUAGCCAUUAUUAAACGGUCUGCUUAGAAGAAGAAGGAUCAAUUUAGAAGAACAAUGACAGUACCAUGUGCGUGUAGUAAUUAAAGAAAAGCAGCUUUAAUGAUACGUGAUGAUUUUUAAUACUUUCAACGAAGACAGCAUCCACAGCGACAGUAGACUAGCGGAACACAAACGAUGACAAUGGAUAGAAUAUUAUAUAUGUGUACGAUGAUAUAAAUAGGAGAGGUGACUCUUCGACCGGUAUACUCGUGCGUCACCUGCUGUUCGAGAGGUCAGUUGUUUUGGUUUUUGACGAUGAUAAUAACGAGCACUGGAAGAUACUCCAAUUGAUGCUGAGGAUACUCGUGAUCAGAAGGACGACAGAGUUACACUGCUAGUGUUUUUCCUUUUUCAUUCGCCUAAUAAGCAUAAUGAUAAUAAGUAUAUUAUUAUUAGAGUUAUUACUAUUAUGGUAUUUUGUGUGCAAUAAUUGCUGAUGGUAACGAGAAUUAAAGGAAUAAAGCCUUUCUUCAAACGAUGAC